UGGAUUCGUUAUGGAGGCGAGGGGCCUGAAAAUAGCACUCGAAGGCGCCAUCUUUGGACAGAUUUUAUCUAUUCGAUAUCAUAGACAAUCAUGGGCAUUAUGGCGAGAUAGUCAUCAUCACUUAGCACUUCAGGAAUCGUUUAAAGUACGGGACAGAGCAAAGGAUGUUCUGAAUACUGCUGCUAUAUCCAUGGUAGCUACCACCACGGCCAGUUUGUUUGAACCACCCGGUGACGCUCAACGAUUUGACGCAACCCAGCAUUCCUAUUUAUGUGGAACUGAUAUGCACCAAGCUUUCUCACCGUUACCCAGAAAUAUUGAAGAGGUAGUGAUUGCUCUAAGUCAAGAGACUGGUUUAGAUCUCAAACGAGUUUUUAAAGUAUAUUUUUUCUUUGGAUUAAAGUAA